AUGGCGACUAUUCCAGGAGUGAGAAACCCCGUUUUGUGGGCUGCUCCGACUGGGAUCGCUGCCCACAAUUUCUACGGCCGCGCGUUACGUAGUCUCUUUAAGGUUCCUGUCAAGAUCUUCCCACAGGGACUCUGUCAGAAACUCUCAAGAUCGAACCUGUGUUCUUUGCAGGCUGUCUUCAAACAUUGCAAAUACCUCAUUAUUGAUGAGAAGUCUAUGAUUGGCAUUAAAUUCCUAGGCCUUCUGGAUCAACGUCUCAGAGAAAUCUUCCCAGCCCGUCAGGAUGAGAUGUAUGCCGGCAUCAACAUCUUUGUCUGUGGCGAUUUCCACCAACUUCCUCCUAUUGGAGCUACUGUGAUCUAUUCAAAUCUUCUCAACGCGCGAAACGUUGACUUUUUGGCCGGCCAGCAAACAUACCGAGCUCUGGAUACAACAGUCCGGUUAACACAGUUGAUGCGGCAAGAUGGCGACGACGAGGAGACGCUUAAGUUCCGCCGCGCACUCGAAGAGUUGAGGGUUAAUCAAGUAUCCCAGCAGAGUAGAGAGUCCUUUAAGGAUGCACUGCGUCUUUACUUUCGUCGAGAGGAGGCUCAUGUGCACAACCACCAGCGCCUCCGCGACUGCAAACAGCCUAUCCUUAGAAUCAAGUCUACGCAUACGGGCCAAGGCGCGGAGGGGGCAAACGAUGACGAGGCAGAUGGGUUGGAUCCUCACCUUUGA